AUGCCAUUUCAAGAUAUCUUGAACAACCUUCGUAAUCCAACCAAGCGAUUCAACCGCAUAAACUUGGGUUUUAUAUCGCCAACAGUUUUAAGAUGGAGGAUUACAGAUUUGAUUCUAAUUGCUGUUCUUAUUGCGUUGUUCUUUAUACUAUACGACAUCAAACCAUUUCAUAGACAGUUUUACAUCAACGACUUAACCAUCUCUCAUCCAUUUGCCGAGGCCGAGACAGUGGGAAAUACGGCGUUGUUUGUAUAUUCUACAUGGAUUCCAUUAGCUAUUAUUAUUGUGGUGUCGUUGUUACUCACCACUCCACAAUACAAGUUAUACAACACAUAUGUGGCCGUUGUAGGCUUGUGCUUGAGUGUGUUGAUAACUUCAGUUGUCACCGAUGUGCUAAAGAACUGGAUUGGUCGUCUCCGUCCUGAUUUUUUGGCAAGAUGCAUACCUGAUGCAUCAACCCCAAUCAACACGUUGGUGUCUAUCGAUGUAUGUACACAGGAAAAUUUGGGACUUUUGGAAGAUGGAUUUAGAACCACACCAUCAGGACAUUCAUCACUAAGCUUUGCUGGCUUGAGCUUUUUGGCAUUGUUCUUGCUCGGUCAAUUACAAGCACCAAACACUAAGGUCGGAAGUUGGAGGACAUUGAUUGGUGCCGCCCCAUUUUUAAUGGCUGCUUAUAUUGCAUUGAGUAGAACUCGCGACUAUCGUCACCAUUUUGUUGAUGUGUUGACUGGUAGUAUCUUGGGGUUGGGUAUUGGAUUCUGGUCAUACUUGAGAUUAUUUCCUUGGAUCAGUCACGAGAGAAGUUACGUCAACUUGAUAAUUAUAGAAGAGGAGGAUGAAGAGAACAAUAGCAAGCUUGACCAUGACAAUGAAGCUAAUUACACUAGAUUAACAAAUGUAUAA